GGGGACUGGAGGUUUGUGAAAGCUGCGCCGUCGUCGUCUAGUCCAGUGUCCAAGCCGCAUUCUUCAUCAUGGGUCGAGUUCGCACAAAAACCGUCAAAAGGGCUUCUCGUGUCUUGAUCGAGAAAUACUACCCCCGCCUCACCCUCGAUUUCCACACCAACAAGCGAAUCAUCGAUGAAGUCGCUGUCGUUCCCUCCAAGCGUCUGCGCAACAAGAUCUCCGGCUUCACCACCCACUUGAUGAAGCGAAUUCAAAAGGGCCCCGUCCGUGGUAUCUCCUUCAAGCUCCAGGAAGAGGAGCGUGAGCGCAAGGACAACUACAUCCCCGAAGUCUCCGCUUUGGACACCUCUACGACUGGUCUCGAGGUUGACCCCGAUACCAAGGCUCUCCUUGACUCGCUCAACUUUGACAGCAUCCCUGUCAACGUCGUCCUUCCCGUCUCUGCCCUCCCCGAGCGUGGGCCUCGGCGAGACCGAAGGAACGUCCCAGGAGCUGGCCGAUAAACGGUUUAAAUACCAGUGUACCACUGUAAACUCGAUAUUACGCCAUGUCUGGUAUGCUCAUGACUUUCCCCACCAUGUCCAUGUAUUCUUUUUCUAUGCACUCGUCCCAACACUGCGAACUCGACCCUCACUCUUAUCGGC